GUAUACUCAGCCUCCAACACUAGAAUUUCGCUUUUUUCUUCUGGGAACAUGGACCUGCGCUACGAAUGCAAGGCUAUUCAAAACAUGACUGCGACGCUUUUCGCUUUGGUUGGAAAAACCCUGGAUAAUUUGGAAUUGAUUCCCUCCUUUAUAGACAGAGCUGAAGACAACGAGGUGAAUGUGGAAGACCUCAAGAAACUCGAACAAACAGUCGCGCUAACACUCUCCAAUUCGUCUAGAAUUUAUAGAAAGGUCCAAGUUAUUGAAGAUUUGUUAUACUACAUUACAAGAAACGCGGAAGCAAGAGGAACAUUGAAGACAAUGCCUACGCCUCCACCGAUAGCUUUUACAGUAAAGAUCAACAACGACAGUGAGGAAAAUAAAGUUGACGGAUGUACGGACACACAACUGGACUGUUCCGCCGAUCAAAAGGCUCUCGAGCAUGAAGAAAACGAGGCUGAGCUUCGAAUGAAAGCAGACGCUCCCCAACGAGGACGACGCCGUUCCCGUUCAACCGUGAGACUUAUUAAGAAGGUCAGCCGUCGACUGUCACUUUCGAAGAGCCGCGUUCCGCGAGCAGAAAAGCCUGGUGAAUUCGAUGCUGAUAGCACUCUUCCCGUGGAGCGAUGAAGUUGUACAAUACAAGAUCUGAAGUCGCUAUGCUCAAAUAACAUUGAUUGAUUUUCUCCUGUGAUAUGUUAUGUUUCCCCGGCCGUUACAUACGAUUGUCUCCUGUUUUACCCA